GUGCAAGACGGUGCCUACUGGAAGGUUGUACAACUGGAGUCUCUACUGGCAGCUCUGGUGAAUUCUAAGGUGGUGGCAAUUAAAGCCAACCGAGGAAGCAAGGCGUUUCUGCGCAAGCCAAGUGAUGGAGUAGCGCCAACCUCACCCACGCACCAUGAUCUCAGGUACCACAAACAUCACAGCCACCACCACGGCCACCACAAACACCACAGACACCAUCAUCAAGGUCACCACAAACACCAUAAGAAGCUAGCGCCUGCGACGGCGGCAACCGCAAACGCAACUGCGGCUGCAGUGUGCAAGGUGAAACAGUGGGAUGACGGGUCGGCCACCAUGGUGCACCUCAGCAGAGACGCAUCAGUCACGGCCGAAACGCACUUCUGUCAUGGCGGCGCAAUGGAGGGCGGUGAGGAGGAGGACGAGGAUGAGGAGGGGUGCCGGUGUCAUUACAAAAUGCGUCCAGACGACUCCCACUUCGUAACCGUCGACAUGGAGCUGGACGACCUUGACCUUGACUCGGGUCCCGCCGGAGUCAUCGACCCCAGAGGUCACCGACCCCGUCGCAAACGGCGGAAACGCAAACAGCUGACCGACCACCACAAACGCAAACAGCUGACUGACCGACAGCUGAUGUACGCGCAUGCGCGCGAGGCCGCAGCCAAGGUCAAGGUUGUUGACCCGGAUGACCUUCCCAAACGCGCCAAGUGGACUAUCAUCAUAACAGCUGGGUUUCUGCUCUUCACGUGUAUGCUGUUGGUGGGGAUAACGCUAAGGAUGGCGCCGAUUAUCGAUCAGAUGGUACGAAACCAAAACGAAGAGCUGAUGAACUCUUUGAAUAGACAAGAUUUCAACGAUUCAAUUCUUAUGGCAUGAUGAUGGCCUAUCAUUUGUCUCUUAUCAGCACUUUGAGACAAUGUAACGACCAGAAGACUGCCGAAAGCACAAAGAAGCAGCGCAGCAACAGGAAGUUGGGACCGCUGCUGGAUGGGUGACCGCCGCCGUAGCUCGGCAAGAUGGCGGCCAGAGCUAUGCAGCGG